CGGACUCGGAACGGACGCGUAAAAAUUUGGAUUUGGAUGUUAUUGGAUAUAUGGUGUAACAAUAUACACGUAACUCUUCUUCAUGGUUCGUUUCAAGUAUAAAUAUCGAGAGAUAAAACAAUGGCUCAACGACUGUCGUCCAAGUCAAAAAAGGCUGGACCUAACAUCAUACGGGGAUUUCGCCGAGAACUUACGUAUUUUGAGGUCCCUGUGAGAAGUGACAUCCCAAAGUCAUCAUAUGCUGACCGAGGGGCCAUUAAAGAAGUAUUUAAUGAAGUAGACGAAGAAGCUAUUGCACAGUUAGCAAGUGAGAGAGAAAAUUCAACGAAUCAUGAUGGACAGAAGGAUAGUACAGUUAGCGAUGAUUUUGUGGAGACGAUAUACGGCCAUUGCUCUUCCAAGAUACCGAUUCGAAGCUAUGGAAAACUUAAUUACAACGUGAAUGCCUACUAUGGUGGAUGUACUGCCCUCUACUUUGUGUCGAAUGCAUCCGGAAACAAUAAGAAUGAAACAUGCGUAGAGCUGUUAUUGGUGAGAUCAGGGUUUGACUGUAACCAUGUUGAAGUAAGUCCUAUUGCAUCGUCUCAGGAUGGUUACUUUAACCCUGCUAACAGUCAUUAUGUAGACGAGGAGGGAACAUUUAUUGGUGACUGUCAAUACGGCAACAAUUAUCUAAUGUUGUUGACCAAUGACUGUUGCUAUGGUAAUCUCAGAAAUGGAAUUUACAUAGAGAGUCAAAACAAAAAGGUUCUUCUUCAGCUGCCUAUACCAGUGUGUGAGGAAGACAGCUGUGGACUUACAUUAAUACUCUGUAGUGGUUCCGAUGGUGUGAAAUGCUACAAUGCUGUCUACAUUCUCCGCACUGGAGUAAGCAAUACAAAGUUCGAAUCAAAGCUUGUAUCAGGGGAAGAUAAAUUCAUAUUUGACAUCGGAGAAAGUCACAUAGUAACUGUUCAUGGGCCACCUAACAGUCGGUAUGGUAUAUUCCAUAAUGCAAAUAAUCCUACCUCAAAACAGAAUCACGUCCUGGUAACGCAGACACAGUGUUUGACAGGCAAACAAACUUUACUGACUAGAUUACCCGAACAAUGUACUCUCGUCGUUCUUUGCUCAAACAGCUACGGAGUAGAAGAUUGUACUAUUUCUUCUGUGUACUUUCUGGCGAUCAACAAUCAAAAACUUGAAGAUGUUCAAGAGGUUGCAGGUAGUUUUGGAACGGAUUGCAAAAAAUCAAAUGUAUGGAAAUUCGAAAUCGAAGAUGGAGAAUUAAUGGUUAUUGGACCAAACGAACCAUGCAAAUAUUCUGUUUUGUCAAAUGUCAAAGCAAGUAAGGUAGAUCUUAUUUCAUGUAUUACUCAAGAUGGUUGCUUAGCAACGGUUGAACCAACAAGGACAACAGGCAAUGUGAAGGUCACCAUGGAAGAAGUAGUCGGUCACGUGAAUAAAUCGUCAACCAUUCGUAUUAUGUUGGACCACAACUUCGUACAUACGAUUUCUAUCGACGAAUUGACGUAUAGAGAUGGCGAAUACACAUUUUCCUAUCAAUGGCAGGAGAAUGAAAAAUAUGUCGGAUAUCAUAAAGUCAGAAUAUUUGUCAUACGAAAGAAUUUAAACACUGACGAAGAUGUGUUUAUUGAGUUACCUGGUUCACCCUGUUCCUUAACCAGACAAAAACCAGGAGUUGUUUAUGCAUUAAACUGCGCAGGUCCAGCAUAUCAAGAUCUCAAUGAUAUCGUGUAUUCAAGUGAACACCUUCAGUUUGCUAACUUCGACAACAAAUUUCUUUCUGGUAUGCAGAGUAAAGCUGUUGGUUCUGUAAAGACACAGACAAUACUACCCACUUCAAUGUUGAACUCACAUGACGGCUUUUUGUAUUCAGUGUCACGAUCAGCAUACACGGAACUUAAAUCUGAACAACGGUUUAAGUAUAAGGUAAAUGGUAUACCCAAUGGAAGCUACAAAUUACGCUUGCAUUUAGUUGAUGUACCAGAAGACAUGACUUUUAAUGGCAGACCAAUAAGCAAAGACAUCCAAGAGAAAAUAGAAGCAAUGAAGAAGCCAGGAGAUUUUGUUGGCCCAACUUGUUACUGUGUUGAUAUAAACGUUGAUAUCAAUAGUAACUUUUUACAAAUUGAAAGUGAAAGUAAAGACGUCCACAGACAUGCUGACCAGAUUUGUGCUUUCGCUUUACUUGACAUGACAUAUAGUGAUAAAAUCGUUACUGAAUCACAAAGGAAACAAGAAUAUAUAGAAAGACAAAAAGUAAUAGACAAAAUUCCACCAUUGACGACUAUCAACACCCGAAAGAAUAUGAGUAUCGUUGGAUGGUCUCAAAAUCUACUUCAUAAUCCUACUGGAGAGAAUGGAGAUUUGACGUUUUGGAAGACAGAGGGAGAUAUAAAAGUUUGUGAUGGUGGUUAUGAUACAGAUACAUGUUUUGUUACAUCACAUAUAUGGGGUUGUAAAUAUCAAGAAGUCAAUCUUCUCGAUUAUUUCACUGAGGAGUACUUGGACACAUCACCUGGCAUUAUGGUUCUGGAAGAUUACAAAGAAGGAGAUUUUGGUGGUGGUAAUUACUGCUUUACUGCACAGUUGCUGUCUGCUGAUCGAAAGGUGUUGAAAGAAUAUACAACGGGAGAGGUAGGACCUUUAUAUUACCUCCACAGUGAAUGGGAAGAGGCAAACAUCAUAUUUUCAGACUAUGGUUCUGGUGUUCGUUUUGUUGCAUUCUCUUCAAAAGGUAAAGAUAGCAAAUCGAGGGCUGGAUUUUUUGGGCCCUAUAUAUCUGGAGCCGAAGUGCGUGUCAAAAAGAAGUAUACACAGGCAGAACAUGAUAGCUAUGCAGAUAUUCCACAGAUGGACAAGGCAGUCAGCAAAUCAGCUGCUGAGAGGUUGGUCUCAAAAGUUCUAACGGAUAAUGCUGCCUUAAUGGAACAAUUCAUUAAAGAAGAUGACGUCACAGAUUUGCCAAAAGUAAAAUCUUUCAAGGCAUUAGAAGACGAAAUAGGACAAGAAUCAAAAUGGGCAACCCUAAAAAGAUUUUUGACGAAACAGAAGUUAGAAAAGAAGAGAGAAAUUCGUGUUUUUGUUUCCAGUACAUUUAAAGACUUUGCCAAAGAGAGAGAUGAAAUAAUAAAAACGGCCUUCAGUGAGAUACGCCGUUUUUGUACGGAAAGAGGAGUAUUCUUCACAUAUGUAGAUCUUAGAUGGGGAAUAACGUCAGAACAAACUAGCGAUGGCAAAACAAUAGCAAUUUGUUUACAGGAGAUUGAUAGAUGUAGACCCUUCUUCAUCUGUCUGAUGGGAGAGAGGUAUGGAUGGUCUCAAAGGAAGGAAGCUCCAGAUGAAGUUUUGAAUUCGACAUUUGACUACGCAAUAGAAAGCUACCCAAAUCUUAAAUGGAUAGAUGAGUUUAGAUAUGGAUCAAGCGUCACACAGUUAGAAGUAUUACAGGGAGUUCUGAAUAAUCCAAAUGUGUCAAAAGAUAAAUGUUUCUUCUACAUGAGGGAGCCUCCAUCAAAGGAAAAAGUCUCAAGUCUGGAAUAUAAGAAUCUUUCCUCUGAAUCGGAAUGGCAUCACCAGCAACAAGAAAGGUUAAAAACCCAAGUUAAGGAACAUCCACUGGGGCUUAACAUUACUACAUUUAAAUCUGCCAUAGAAGUUGCCAACAUUAUUAAAAGGGAUCUAGAACAAUGCAUCAACAUUGAUUUCCCUAAAGGUACAGAAUUAACGCAAUUAGAACGCAUGCGAGAGGCUCAUAAUGCGUUUGGUGAAGCUCGACAACGUGUGUACAUAGGACGACAAGAUUAUUUCAAAAACAUUACCGAAGCAAGAGACAAAGGGAUAACAAAACCAUUUAUUAUACUGGGGGAAUCAGGAAGUGGAAAGUCUUCACUGAUUGCUAACUGGGCUAAAAAGAUUGAAGAUGCAGAAGCUACAACCUUUGUAUUUGUGCAUUUCAUAGGAAGCUCUGCGGAUAGCUCAGAUUACAUCAAGCUCAUUAGAAGAUUGUUUGAAGAAAUGAAUAUAUUCUAUGAUUUUGAUAUGCAAAUUCCAACAUCCGAUUCUUUGCUUAUCAAUGAUAUUGGAAAGUGGCUAAGGAUGGCAGGGUCUAGAACAAAGGUCGUUAUUGUUUUGGACGCACUUAAUCAGCUGGAUGAUGGCACUGGGGAAGACGGUUCAGAACAUGAUUUAAUGUGGAUACCAGAUGAAUUACCAUCAAAUGUUUUCAUGCUGUGUUCAACUCUUCCAGGAAGGGCAAUGCAAUCUUGUUUACGUAACAAAUGGCCAAAUAUGAAAGUAGAACCACUGCAGGAAUCACAAAAGAUGCAAAUAAUUACAGACUACUUGCAAGGUGUUUAUGGGAAAACUCUUAACAGUGAACAGAAAAUAAUGCUGGUGAAUGCUCAACAGACGUCUAAUCCUUUGUACCUCAAAUCGCUGCUUGAUGAGAUACGUAUAUUUGGAUCAUUUCGCCAAUUAACAGACAAAAUUAAGGAAUAUCUGUCUGCUAGAAAUCCACAAGAAUUGUUUGCGAAGAUUCUGGAGAGAUUGGAACAUGAUUUUGAAACAGGGACAAAUCCAAGGAAAUAUCUUGUUAGAGAUGCAACUACUGCAUUAUGGUGUUCUAAUAGAGGAAUGUCAGAAUCUGAAUUAAUAGAAUUAUUAGAUAUCCCUAGUGCAAUUUGGUCACCAUUUUAUUUGUCUCUGUAUGAAAAUCUAGUAAAUCGCAAUGGAAUCCUUAAUUUCUUCCACGACCAUCUUCGGCAAGCUGUGGCAAAGAAAUAUCAUUCAACGAAGGAAGAUAAAAUUGAAGGUUACUCACGAUUAGCUGACUACUUUAGUUCAAAGGAAACGAGCAAUCGUACGGUUGAAGAGAUGCCGUUUUUGUUGUUGAAAGCAAAGAAGAUGGAUCGAUUGAAAGCAACCGUUUCUGACUUUGAUGUGUUUUAUAGACUAGCUGAUGAUGAAGAUGGAAUUUUUGAAUUGAUAAAAGCUUGGCGAAAGCUUGGAGGAUAUUCAUUAGCAGAAGAAGCGUACAUGUCCGAAUUGUUAAAAAUACCAAAGACAACUAUAAGGGAUGAUAUGAAGUACUAUUGUAAACUUUUCAGUCUACUCGGAAACUUUUUCCAAACACUUGGAUUGACUCAUGCAGCAAAGAAGGUCUAUAAGACUUUAGUAAAACAAUUGGAGCUAAGCUACGACGAAACGCACGACACCAUUGUGUACAGUGCUUAUGGCCAGAGUUGGAAAUAUCGCUGUAAUCAUCCAGAAGUGAUAAAGGCAUUACAGAAUUUAGGAACGGUAUACACACAGCUUGGGAGAUAUGAUAAGGCCAUAUCUGUUUACAAAGAUGCAAUAUGUCGUCAAAAUAAAAUCGAAACACCAAGUCAAAAGAUACAGGUUUGUGAUGGAUUGCUUGGUUUGGCAACAUUGUACUUUUAUAAAGACAACAUGUUGGAGGCAAAAAAGCUGACGACAAGAGCAUUAGAAUUAGCAACAAAUGUGAUUGGAAGGAAACACCAUUUUGUUUCAGAUAUUUACACAAAGCUUGGACAGUUAAAUUACGAGCAGCAUCGCUUAGAUGAAGCUUUGCCAUACUAUGUGCAAGAUCUGAAAGUAACUCGUAGUGAAGUUGGGACAAAUCAUCCUUACACAGCUAAUGUCUUAAAUGAGAUUGGACUGGUCUAUGAUGACAAAAAUCACCAAAUUGCUGGAGAGCUAUUUGAAGAAGCUUUGCGGAUUUUCCUGGACGCAUAUGGGAACAAUUACCUUGUCACUGGAGUUAUCAGGUUCAAUCUUGGAGCAUUCUACUAUGGUGAUAACCAUUUUGCAAAAGCUAAAUAUCAGUUUGAAGAAGCAUACAGAAUACAUGUAAUGUUCCUUGGAGAAAAUCAUCCAGAUACCAUACGUGUGAAAGGAGCCCUUGAUUUAGUGAAAUAAAAAUGAUCUGGAUUAUUAAUUAGAUUUUACAUUUACAUAUAUACAUAAAGUGCUAGCUAUAGGUAAUUCAUAUUUGUACAUUGGCAAAGGUAGACUGAUAUUCAUAAGGGUAAAACAGUUUUGAUAUUAAAUUCGUGCAUUAUGAUCAUCUACCGGGGUAAUAUUUAAUCAUCAUGAUCAUCAUAUGUUUUUGCAUUCCAACAACUGGCCCAAAGCAAUAUAUUUUAUCUAAUCCCGGUACAUAUAUCAUCUUGAAGCCAUAUACAUAUAGCUUUUAAAUUUAACAUGUAUUCAUGUUUGUACAAAAAUAUGCACAUUCUCUAAAAUUGAAUGUUGAUUAUAUGAUUUAUAACUGAAAAAACAACAAAACACAAUCAAUCAUAUAUAUAUAUGUAUAAAUACAACGAAAGAAAUUGUUCUUUUAAAAUGUUACUGUAUCUCCUUUGAUUAUUAAUCUUUUAAUGUCGUGCAGUAUAUGUUGGACAAAUGUAGGCAUAAUAUUUCUUAUAUUUUAGUGUUUACUUUUAGACAAGCUAGUUAAUGCCUGAUUAAAUAGAUAAAGACAAAGUUAAUUUCCUCAUUUGUGAUGUGAUGUAAUCCUUCUAUUUAAUAAAGAGGUAGGACAUAAGGUUGAAAUAUUGAAAACCCUUCUGUAACAAAUGUGCUUAUAAAUACUAUAGGAUUCAUCACAUACGCUUUAAUUUAUUAUCUUUUUAAAAUAGCUAUGUAUGUUUUGGGUAAAUAACAAAAACUUCGAAUUCUACCUCAUAUUCAUUUUUGUACAAUGUUUUUAGAAUGAUUUUCAUUCAAAACUUUUUUAGCACAAUCAUUUUUUUUACACUUUAAUCAUGUUUAUAUGUUUAUACUUAUAGUCUAUUAUCUGUUAUGCUGUCAGAAUAAACUAUGGCUAUUUUAGUUUAAGAUAUAUUUGAAAAUGAUAAUUGAAAAAAAUUUGUUUCAAAUAAUUGCAUGGCAGUGAAAAUAAGGCAACUAGUUUUUAAAUAUUCAUAGUUUUUCCUUUUUAUUUAUUUAAAUGAUGUAUUUAAUAUUUUACUUUUUUAUAGACAUGCACUUUUGAUAGUACUACUUCUACUUGAAACGGGUUAUUAUAAGAA